ACCCCCUCCCUCCGUGACGUCACCGCCGGAAGCCCCCGCCGCCCCGCCGAUGACGUCACCGAUGACGUCGCCGAUGACGUCACAGCGCAAGCCCAAAGGCGCCCCCUACGUGUGCGGCCUCUGCGCCAAGGAGUUCAAGAACGGCUACAACCUGCGGCGCCACCAGGCCACGCACGGCUCCGCCCCCAAGCGCCCCUCCCGCCCCUCCCCCACCCUGCUGCCCCUCCCCCACCUGCUGGAGCCCUCCGGCGCGGGGGAGGGGGAGGGGGAGGCGGGGGAGGGCGGGAAGCGGGCGGCGGGGGCGGGGCGGAAGAGCCACGCCUGCGAGACGUGCGGGAAGGCGUUCCGGGACGUUUACCACCUGAAGCGGCACCGGCUGUCGCACACGGACGAGCGGCCGUUCCAGUGCCCCGUGUGCCAGCAGCGCUUCAAGCGCAAGGACAGGAUGGCGUCGCACGUGCGCUCCCACCAGGGCCACGUGCACAAGCCCUACGCCUGCGGCCACUGCGGCAAGAGCUUCUCCAGGCCGGAUCACCUCAACAGCCACGUCCGGCAGGUUCACUCCACCGAGCGGCCCUUCAAGUGCCAGGCGUGCGAGGCCGCGUUCGCCACGCGGGAGCGGCUCCGCGCUCACUCCGCCCGCCACCAGCAGAAACCGCCCGGCCCCGCCCCCCUGGCAGGCCCCGCCCCCCUGGCAGGCCCCGCCCCCCUCGGCGCCCAGCAGGCACCCACAGGUUCCGGCUGCCCCACCCCCACCCCGAGCCCCGCCCCCGCCCCUCCCCCACCCCUGGACGGGACCGCCGGGGGCAGCCAGGGCUGGUGA